GUGUGCCAUUCUAACUUGUGUAACGUUUAGGCAUUGUUUCAAAGAUGUUUAAAAAAUAUAUAUAUAUGAGCGGCUGAACAUUGGGCAACACAAGCCAGGUCAACAAAGUUAUCUAAAUAAAAAUGUCCUCGACUCUCAGCUCCCCAUUGCCGAACAACAGCAGCCUUUUCACUGCGAGCUACGAGAGGACGGACCUCACAGAGGCGCAAAGACACAUAAGCAUGCUUCUCUUCGGCUUGUGCGUUGCCAUCGCCGCUGCUACCUUCGUGGGAGGUGUGUAUUCUCUCAUCUUUUUCAUCCAGAUGAGGUGGAAAACCAUCCUGUGGCUCAUCGUGGCUUCAAUGUCCGUGGACGACCUGCUCAGCGUAAUACCUCUCUCCCUCUUCAUGCUCCUCCAGUGGGAGAGAGAUGGAGAGGGAGGGUCGGUGACCAUAUGCACGUUAUCGGGACUUCUCUAUGUGUUCCAAGGACUCUCCAGCAAUAUGAAGGCUUGCCUUAUCGCAGCCUACACCUUCUACGUUACUAAGCGAGAAAGAAGUCCUCGGCCGUUAAGCGUGAUGUGGGCGAUAGCCGGGGUGUGGGUAGUCAGCCUGGCCGUCAGUGUACUACCCCUGUGCGGCUGGGGGACUUUCACCCCGGUCUCUCUAGGCUGUUUCCCAGAGAGCCACAGCUUUUACGUUCUGAUCCUUUUCUCUUUGUACACUGUGUGUUUCUGCGGAUUGGUCUUAUUCUUCGUUCCUCUCACCUACCAGCUACUGUGUUCCAGGGAGCCACAGAGGACGUUCUACCCGAGCUACUUGGAUAUCGCCAGGGAUCUGAGAGGGGACGGGUCUGCGCCUCUCUGCGACCUCCCGUCCUUCUCUCGGGAUAGCUUGGACAGAAGUUUCAGUGCCUACAACGAGCUGUUUCCGGUUGGGUCGGGGAAAGGGCUAGGGGUACGGGGCACAGUGGAAACAUAUACCUGCCCAAUCCCUACCUCUGACGGUGUACUGAGGGAUGGAACCAACAGUAACUGGGAAUCCCCGGUGUUCUUUGCACAAAAGCGCUUCUCCAUGAUCCUAGCGGUAGUGAGAGUUGUCUUGUGGAUGCCGAUGAUGACUGUGGUGCUCGUGCGUCAUGCUGUGAACGAGCGCAGCCCGUCCCUGGAGGUGGUGGGAACUGUGAGCUUCUUCCUGACCCUGCUGGCGCCUGUCGUCACGCCAGUGUUCAUGCUCUCCGAGCGCUGGAUCCACCUUCCGUGCGGCUGCUUCAUCAACUGCCCGCGGGACACAGAGCGUGAGCCCACCGCAAAGAAGAGGAGGUUUGAGUUUAACCUCUCCUUCCAACAAGGAUACGGAAUAUACAAGUUAUCCCACGCAACCAAACCCCACCUCAGCCCGUCCGUUGAAAAGUCUUCCUAUCAAAACCUCUUCAACUUCACAGAAAACCAACUUGCUGUGCUGGACAGCUCUGGCGUCGCGAGCCUGCAGGCCGAGCUCGAGUUCAUGACCCCACGUGAAGUAGACAGCUCCUCACUGCAUGAGCAUGGCGAGCUGCUUCUCGAGGCUGAGGCAGGUGGGGGAGAGGCCCUCGCGCUGGCAGACUGCCUCCAGUUUCCUCACGAUAACCACGGAGACCAGGACAGCUUCUUCUGUGGAUCCAGCUCCCGGGACUGCGAGGACCUCAACCUCACUGACACGUCGUCAGUGUUCGAGGGAACGGAACGGAGACUGUCGCAUGUAGAGGGCAGAAAAAUGGAGCUGACGGACUGGGAGUGGUGUAGGAGUAAAUCAGAGAGGACCCCCAGACAGAGAUCUGGGGGAGGUCUGGCCAUCCCUCUGUGUGCCUUCCAGGGCACCGUCUCCCUGCACUCCCCCACAGGGAAGACCCUCUCCCUCUCCACCUAUGAGGUCAGCAGCGACGGCCUCACUAUCUCCCCCCACGCUGCCAAGAAGGUGGAGGUCUACCGCUCCAAGUCUGUAGGCCACGAGCCCAGUGCAGACGACCCCACCACCAGGGACCCGGACGGGGGAGUGGGGAUGGAGGUGGAGGUAGGAGAGGUGGCAAUGGGGGACACCAAUGUGAAGAUCCACCUGGAGGUGUUGGAGAUCUGUGACAACGAGGAGGCCAUGGACAGCGUGUCCAUCAUCUCUAACAUCAGCCAGUCGUCCACCCACGCCCGCUCCCCGUCGCUGCGCUAUUCUCGGAAGGAGAACCGCUUUGUCUCCUGUGACCUGGGGGAGACAGCCUCCUACUCACUGCUCAUCCCCAACAGUGGCAACCCCGAGGUGGACAACAUCAACAUCAACAUCCCUGACACGGUGGAGGCCCACCGGCAGAACAGUCGCAGGCAGAAACAGGAGACGGGAGGCUACCGCGAGGAGAUACAGCUGCUCAACGAAGCCUACAGGAAGCAGGAAGAGGACAGAGAAGACUGAUACCCACACACGGGAAGCAUGAAGAGGACAGAAAAGACUGAUACACACACAGAGGAAGCAGGAAGAGGACAGUGAGACUGAUACACACACACACAGGAAGCAGGAAGAGGACAGUGAGACUGAUACACACACACACAGGAAGCCGGAAGAGGAUAGAGAAGACUGAUACAUCCCAGGAAGCAGGAAGAGGACAGAGAAGCCUGAUACACACACACAGGAAGCAGGAAGCGGACAGAGAAACCUGAUACACACACAGGAAGCAGGAAGAUUACAGAGAAGCCUGAUACACACAGAGGAAGCAGGAAGAGGACAGAGAAACCUGAUACACACAGGAAGCAGGAAGAUUACAGAGAAGCCUGAUACACACACAGGAAGCAGGAAGAGGACAGAGAAACCUGAUACACACAGGAAGCAGGAAGAGGACAGAGAAACCUGAUACACACACAGGAAGCAGGAAGAGGACAGAGAAACCUGAUACACACACACACACACAAAUCAAAUACAUUGUUAUUGGUCACAUGCUUCAUAAGUAACUGGUGUAGACUAACAGUGAAAUGCUUACUUAAGGGCCCUUCUCAUAAAAAAAGUUAAAUAGUAUUAAACAAAUAUACAAAUUAUAACACAAGGAAUAUAUAGAAAAAUAAUAACACAAUGAGUAACGAUAACUUGGCUACAUACACGGUACCAGUACCGAGUCGAUGUGCAGGGGUACGAGGUCAUUUAGGUAUAUAUGUACAUAUAGGUAGGGAUAAAGUGACUAGGCAACGGGAUAGAUAAUAAACAGAAGCAGCAGUGUAUGUGGUGGGUCAGAAGAGACACACACACAGGAAGCAAGAAGAGGACAGAGAAGACUGAUACACACACAAGGGAAUAAGGAAGAGGACAGAGAAUACUGAUACACACACAAGGGAAUCAGGAAGAGGACAGAGAAUACUGAUGAUCACACACAGGAAGCAAGAAGAGGACAGAGAAGACUGAUACACACACAAGGGAAUCAGGAAGAGGACAGAGAAUACUGAUGAUCACACACAGGAAGCAAGAAGAGGACAGAGAAGACUGAUACACACACAAGGGAAUCAGGAAGAGGACAGAGAAUACUGAUACACACACAAGGGAAUCAGGAAGAGGACAGAGAAUACUGAUGAUCACACACAGGAAGACAAUGAGGGGACAGAGAAUACUGAUGCACACACAGGAAGCAAGAAGAGGACAGAGAAGACUGAUACACACACAAGGGAAUCAGGAAGAGGACAGAGAAUACUGAUGAUCACACACAGGAAGACAAUGAGGGGACAGAGAAUACUGAUACACACACAGGAAGACAAUGAGGGGACAGAGAAGACUGAUACACACACAGGAAGACAAUGAGGGGACAGAGAAGACUGAUACACACACAGGAAGACAAUGAGGGGACAGAGAAGACUGAUACACACAGGAAGACAAUGAGGGGACAGAGAAGACUGAUACACACACACAGGAAGACAAUGAGGGGACAGAGAAGACUGAUACACACAGGAAGACAAUGAGGGGACAGAGAAGACUGAUACACACACAGGAAGACAAUGAGGGGACAGAGAAUACUGAUACACACACAGGAAGUCAACUAUGGGACAGAGAAUACUGAUGCACACACACAGGAAGACAACGAGGGGACAGAGAAUACUGAUGCACACACACAGGAAAACAACAAGGGGACAGAGAAGACUGAUGCACACACACAGGAAGACAACGAGGGGACAGAGAAUACUGAUGCACACACACAGGAAGACAACGAGGGGACAGAGGAUACUGAUGAUCACACACAGGAACACAAUGAGGGGACAGAGUAGACUGAUGGUCACACACAGGAAGACAAUGAGGGGACAGAGGAGACUGAUGCACACACACAGGAAGACAACGAGGGGACAGAGAAGACUGAUGCACACACACAGGAAGACAACGAGGGGACAGAGAAGACUGAUACACACAGGAAGACAAUGAUGGGACAGAGAAGACUGAUACACACACAGGAAGACAAUAAGGGGACAGAGAAUACUGAUACACAUACAGGAAGUCAACGAUGGGACAGAGAAUACUGAUGCUCACACACAGGAAGACAACGAGGGGACAGAGAAUACUGAUGCACACACACAGGAAAACAACAAGGGGACAGAGAAGACUGAUGCACACACACAGGAAGACAACGAGGGGACAGAGAAUACUGAUGCACACACACAGGAAGACAACGAGGGGACAGAGGAUACUGAUGAUCACACACAGGAAGACAACGAGGGGACAGAGAAGACUGAUGCACACACACAGGAAGACAACGAGGGGACAGAGAAUACUGAUGCACACACACAGGAAGCAGACUGGAAAGACAGAUCUAGAAGGACUGACCUUUUAACUCUAUAUUUGAAGUGUAUCUUGACCUUUUAACUCUAUAUUUUAUGUGUAUCUUGACCUUUUAACUCUAUAUUUUUAAGUGUAUCUUGUGACAAAACAUUAUUUGCCGCAGCUUAAGACUUCUGGGACACAUAUCCUGUGCCCAUUCUGUGCUUUAAAAGUCCAUUAUGUGUCCAUGUGAUGAGGUGAGGUUAAGUGAACGGGUGUAGGACUAAGUGAUGAGGUGAGAUGGAGAGAAAGGGGUGCAGGACUAUGUGAUGAGGUGAGGUGGGGAGAAGGGGGUGCAGGACUAAGUGAGGAGGUGAGGUGGUGCAGGACUAAGUGAUGAGGUGAGGUGGUGCAGAACUAAGUGAUGAGGUGAGGUGGUGCAGGACUAAGUGAUGAGGUGAGGUGGUGCAGGACUAAGUGAGGAGGUGAGGGGGUGCAGGACUACGUGAUGAGGUGAGGUGGUGCAGGACUAAGUGAGGAGGCGAGGUGGUGCAGGACUAAGUGAUGAGGUGAGAUGGUGCAGGACUAAGUGAGGAGGUGAGGGGGUGCAGUACUAAGUGAUGAGGUGAGGUGGUGCAGGACUAAGUGAUGAGGUGAGAUGGUGCAGGACUACGUGAUGAGGUGAGGUGGAGGGAAGGAAGUGCAGGACUAAGUGAGGAGUUGAGGUGGAGAGAAGGCAGUGCAGGACUACGUGAUGAGGUGAGGUGGUGCAGGACUAAGUGAGGAGGUGAGGGGGUGCAGGACUAAGUGAUGAGGUGAGGUCGUGCAGGACUAAGUGAUGAGGUGAGGUGGUGCAGGACUAAGUGAUGGGGGAGGUGGUGCAGGACUAUGUGAUGAGGUGAGGUGGAGAGAAGGCAGUGCAGGACUAAGUGAGGAGUUGAGGUGGAGAGAAGGCAGUGCAGGACUACGUGAUGAGGUGAGGUGGUGCAGGACUAAGUGAUAAGGUGAGGUGGUGCAGGACUACGUGAUGAGGUGAGGUGGUGCAGGACUAAGUGAGGAGGUGAUAUGGAGAGAAAGGGGUGCAGGACUAUGUGAUGAGGUGAGGUGGGGAGAAGGGGGUGCAGGACUAAGUGAGGAGGUGAGGUGGUGCAGGACUAAGUGAUGAGGUGAGGUGGUGCAGGACUAAGUGAUGAGGUGAGGUGGUGCAGGACUAAGUGAUGAGGUGAGGUGGUGCAGGACUAAGUGAGGAGGUGAGGUGGUGCAGGACUAAGUGAUUAUUUGAGGUGGUGCAGGACUACGUGAUGAGGUGAGGUGGUGCAGGACUAAGUGAGGAGGUGAGGUGGUGCAGGACUAAGUGAGGAGGUGAGGUGGUGCAGGACUAAGUGAUAAGGUGAGGUGGUGCAGGACUAAGUGAGGAGGUGAGGUGGUGCAGUACUUAGUGAUUAUGUGAGGUGGAGUGAAGGUGGUUCGAGACUAAGGGACAGCAGCGCAAUGAAAGAGAAGACAGAAAGGGAGAGCAGAGAGAAAGGCUGGAGAGAAUAGUACCCACCUUAGUAUUCAAUCUGGGGUCUCCACCAUAAGGAAAUAGAGAGAGAGAGAGAGAAUGGUGAAGGUUUCAUUCUUCACAGUCUCCACAUGGACCUGUUAUUACAAUCAACGUCACCAAUGAGGCAACAAGGAGAUCACUAGCUCCUCUGUCUGAGUUAUCCCAAAUCAAAUUUAUUUAUAUAGCCCUUCGUACAUCAGCUGAUAUCUCAAUGUGCUGUACAGAAACCCAGCCUAAAACCCCAAACAGCAAGAAAUGCAGGUGUAGAAGCACAGUGGCUAGGAAAAACUCCAUAGAAAGGCCAAAACCUAGGAAGAAACCUAGAGAGGAACCAGGCUAUGUGGGGUGGCCAGUCCUCUUCUGGCUGUGCCGGGUGGAGAUUAUAACAGAACAUGGCCAAGAUGUUCAAAUGUUCAUAAAUUACCAGCAUGGUCAAAUAAUAAUAAUCACAGGCAGAACAGUUGAAACUGGAGCAGCAGCACGGCCAGGUGGACUGGGGACAGCAAGGAGUCAUCAUGUCAGGUAGUCCUGAGGCAUGGUCCUCCGAGAGAGAGAAAGAAAGAAAGAAAGAAAGAAAGAAAGAAUUAGAGAGAGCAUACUUAAAUCCACACAGGACACCGGAUAGGACAGGAGAAGUACUCCAGAUAUAACAAACUGACCCUAGCCCCCCGACACAUAAACUACUGCAGCAUAAAUACUGGAGGCUGAGACAGGAGGGGUCAGGAGACACUGUGGCCCCAUCCAAUGACACCCCCGGACAGGGCCAAACAGGAAGGAUAUAACCCCACCCACUUUGCCAAAGCACAGCCCCCACACCACUAGAGGGAUAUCUUUAACCGCCAACUUACCAUCCUGAGACAAGGCCGAGUAUAGCCCACAAAGAUCUCCGCCACGGCACAACCCAAGGGGGGGCGCCAACCCAGACAGGAAGAUCACAUCAGUGACUCAUGCCACUCAAGUGGAGCCAACCUCCUGUGGCUGAUAGCCUGGAGGACCCAACCCCCUGUGGCUGAGAGCCUGGAGGACCCAACCUCCUGUGGCUGAUAGCCUGGAGGAACCAACGUCCUGUGGCUGAGAGCCUUGGGGGACCCAACCUCCUGUGGCUGAUAGCCUGGAGGAACCAACCUCCUGUGGCUGAUAGCCUGGAGGACCCAACCUCCUGUGGCUGAUAGUCUGGAGGGACCAACCUCCUGUGGCUGAGAGCCUGGAGGACCCAACCUCCUGUGGCUGAGAGCCUGGAGGAGUAGAUCAGUUAAUAGAUCAGUCUGCAUUCCAAUUCGUCCCAAAGGUGUUCGGUGGGGUUGAGGUCAGGGCUCUGUGCAGGCCAGUCAAGUUCUUCAACACCGAUCUCGACAAACCAUUUCUGUAUAGACUUCGAUUUGUGCACGGGGGCAUUGUCAUGCUGAAACAGGAAAGGGCCUUCCCCAAACUGUUGCCACAAAGUUGGAAGAAUGUCAUUGUAUGCUGUAGCUUAAAGAUUUCCCUUCACUAGAACUAAAACAGCCCCUGACCAUUAUUCCUCCUCCACCAAACUUUACAGUUGGCACUAUGCAUUCAGGCAGGUAGCGUUUUCCUGGCAUCCGCCAAACCCAGAUGGUGAAGAGUGAUUCAUCACUCCAAAGAACACGUUUCCACUGCUCCAGAGUCCAAUGGCGCUGAGCUUGACACCACUCCAGCCAACAUUUGGCAUUGCGCAUGGUGCUCUUAGGCUUGUGUGCGGCUGUUCGGCCAUGGAAACCCACUUCAUGAAGCUCCUGAAGAACAGUUAUUGUGUUGACGUUGAUUCCAGAGGCAGUUUGGAACUCGGUAGUGGGGGUUGCAACUGAAGACAGACCAUUUUUACGUGCUUCAGCACUCUGUGGUCCCAUUCUAUCAGCUUGUGUGGCCUACCACUUCGCGGCUGAGCUGUUGAAGGUCACUGAGCUCUUUAGUAAGGCCAUUCUGCUGCCAAUGUUUGUCUAUUGAGAUCGCAUGGCUGUGUACUCAAUUGUAUAAACCUGUCAGCAACAGUUUUGAAGGGGUGUACACGUACUUUUGUAUACAGUACCAGUCAAAAGGUUAGACAUCUCCUCAUUCAAGGGUUUUCUUUAUUUUUACUAUUUUCUACAUUGUAGAAUAAUAGUGAAGACAUCAAAACUAUGAAAUAACACAUAUGGAAUCACGUAGCAACGAAAAAAAAUGGUUAAACAAAUCAAGAUAUAUGUUAUAUUUGAGAUUCUUCAAAGUAGCAUUGAUGACAGCUUUGCACACUUGGCAUUCUCUCAACCAGCUUCACCUGGAAUGCUAUUCCAACAAUCUUGAAGGAGUUCCCACAUAUGCUGAGCACUUGUUGGCUGCUUUUCCUUCACUCUGCGGUCCAACUCAUCCCAAACCAUCUCAAAUGGGUUGAGGUCGGUGAUUGUGGAGGCCAGGUCAUCUGAUGCAGCACUCCAUCACUCUCCUUCUUGGUCCAAUAGCCCUUACACAGCCUGGAGGUGUGUUGGGCCAUUGUCCUGUUGAAAAACAAAUGAUAGUCCCACUAAGUGCAAACCAGAUGGGAUGGCAUAUCGCUACAGAAUGCUGUGGUAGCCAUGCUGGUUAAUUGUGCCUUGAAUUCUAAAUAAAUCACAGACAAUGUCACCAGCAAAGCACCCCCACACCAUCACACCUCCUCCUCCGUGCUUCACAGUGGGAACCAUACAUGCGGAGGUAAUCCAUUCACCAACUCUGCGUCUCACAAAGACACAUCGGUUGGAACCAAAAAUCUCAAAUUUGGACCCGUCAGACCAAAGGACAGAUUUCCAUCAGUCUAAUGUCCAUUACUCGUGUUUCUUGGCCCAAGCAAGUCUCUUUUUCUUAUUGGUGUCCUUAACUAGUGGUUUCUUUGCAGGCCUCAUUCACACAGUCUCCUCUGAACAGUUGAUGUUGAGAUGUCUGUUACUUGAACUCUGAAGCAUUUAUAUGGGCUGCAAUAUGAGGUGCAGUUAACUCUAAUGAACUUCUCCUCUGCAGCAGAGGUAGCUCUGGGUCUUCCAUUCCUUUGGCGGUCCUCAUGAGAGACAGUUUCAUCAUAGUGCUUGAUGUUUUUUGCGACUGUACUUGAAGAAACGGUCAAAGUUCUUCAAUUUUUCCGAAUUGACUGACCUUCAUGUCUUAAAGUAAUGAUGGACUGUCAUUUCUCUUUGCUUAUUUGAGCUGUUCUUGCCAUAAUAUGGGCUAUCUUCUGUAUACCACCUCUACCUUGUCACUACACUACUGAUUGGCUCAAACGCAUUAAGAAGGAAACAAAUUCCACAUAUUAAUUUUUUACAAACCACACCUGUCAAUUGAAAUGCAUUCCAGGUGACUACCUCAUGAAGCUGGUUGAGAGAAUGCCAAGAGUGUGCAAAGCUGUCAUCAAGACGAAGGGUGGAUACUUUGAAGAAUCUCAAAUCUCAAAUAUAUUUUGAUUUGUUUAACACUUUUUUGGUUACUACACAAUUCCAUGUGUGUUAUUUCAUAGUGUUGAUGUCCUCACUAUUAUUCUACAAUGUAGAAAAUAGUAAAAAAUAUAUAUAAAAAAAUAAACCUGGAAUGAGUAGGUGUGUCAAAACUUUCGACUGGUGCUGUAUAUAGUGUAUGAAAUGGGUUGAACAGAUUGGAAACAUUAUUAAAGUGGCCAGUGUUCCAUUAUUUAAGUGACCAGUGUUCCAUGGCUAUGCUCAUAGGACAGCAGCCUCUAAGGUGCAGGGUUGAGUAACCGGGUGGUAUCCGGCUAGUGAUGGCUAUUUAACAGUCUUAUGGCCUUGAGAUAGAAGUUGCUUUUCAGUCUAUAUGUCCCAGCUUUGUUGCACCUGUACUGACCUCACCUUCUGGGUGAUAGCGGGGUGAACAGUCCGUGGCUCGGGUGGUUCGGGUGGCUUGAUGAUCUUCUUGGCCUUCCUGUGACACCGGGUGCUGUAGAUGUCCUGGAGGGCUCUCAAUGGUGCAUCUGUAAAAGUUUGUGAGGGUCUUAGGGGCCAAGACACAUUUCUUCAACCUCCUGAGGAUGAAAAGGUGCCGUUGCGUCUUCUUCUCCACACUGUGUUUGGGGACAAUUUCAGACACUCAUGUGAGCCUCCAGGUUUUAUUUCAUGUUUCAUAAAGGAUGUGUUUCGUUGUGUGUCAUCUGUGUUGUGUUGUUUUGUGUCUUUCAGCAGAGAAAAGCUUUGUCACGUGUCACAUAAUGUUUUGUCCUUCCUAUGAAUGUGCUCAUAAAAUAUUUAUACUAGAAAAAUGCCUCAAACAACACUGUAAAAUGCAUUUACGUUCACAAUGGUUUAAGGCAACAAAAAAAGCAAGUUAGAGAAAAGUGGCUUAUAGACUCAUAUGGCUUAUGAAUCAUAUGGCUUAUGAAUCAUAUGGCUUCACUUAUGAAUCAUAUGGCUUAUGAAUCAUAUGGCUUGGGUUAUGAAUCAUAUGGCUUAUGAAUCAUAUGGCUUGGCUUAUAGACUCAUAUGGCUUAUGAAUCAUAUGGCUUCACUUGUGAAUCAUAUGGUUUAUGAAUCAUAUGGCUUAUGUAUCAUAUAGCUUGGCUUAUGAAUCAUAUGUCUUAUGAAUCAUGUGGCUUAUGAAUCAUAUGGCUUGGCUGAUGAAUCAUAUGGCUUAUGAAUCAUAUGGCUCAUGAAUCAUAACCAAUGGGUCCCAGUAGAUGAGUUGACUUUUGACCUUGUAAUGAAUAGAGACCAUUUCAGUGUUUUGAAAAAAGUUUUAGCAUCUUCAGCCAAGCAGAAUGGAAAUAAACUCAUCACUUGCUCAUGUAUUCAUUCAUGUGAGUAUAUGGUAUUGAUGUUUGCUUUCCAUACUGUACACAUUUUUAGAUGAGCGUUUUUCUUCUUAUUUGGAAAUCAUUGAGGAAGGAUGCAUGGCUCACCACUGAGAAGGCUGGGAUUAAUGUUUGUUUACCUAUAUCAAUUACUUAGCUAUGCUAAUUGAAUGAAUUGAAUCAGUCAAAACAAAUUCACUUGAUAGAUUUUAAUCAACUAUAACAUAACCAACAGACCUGAUACAGUAUAAAGUCUCUGUGUUCCUGUUAUGUGUGUGGUAACUAAACCAGUUAUUCCCAA